AUGCCCACAGAAUUGGAAGAAUUGGUUGGCUUCAUCGCCAACCCUAAACCAGAGAUCCGAGCUCUUGCGACAGAGCAUCUAGUCCCCUAUUCGACAUCUCAACCCAGCAUCUUCAAAGUAGAUAAUUUGAAGCCCGUUAAAAACUUGAAGAUAUUAGUGAAGGACAACCCACAUAUCGCCGAGCAUGUUAUAACUAUCUUAAUCAACCUUGCAGCUGAUCGCGAGAUUUUGGAAAGCUUAGCCACGGAUCAAAAGUUUUUGGAUGAAGUCUUCAGGCAAAUAAUUAUCCCAACGGAGGUGAAUGCCAACCUCCUAUCUAUGCUAUUAGCAAAUGUGGCCAAGUGGGAUGCGUUGAAGAAGAUUCUGGACAAGAAACAGCCCGCACCAUGCGAGCUUGCAUCGGAUGAUAUGGUCAUGAACCAGCUAGUUGAUCUAUUCGUCAAAGGUGCAGACGGGACAUAUAAUAAGAAUGCCGACUUUGAUCAUUUAGCUUAUCUUUUCGCCGAUCUAACAAAGCAUUCAGAGGUCCGGCAUUACUUCACUCGAAAGCAGGAAUAUGAUGGCGUAAUACCCCUUACCAAACUCAAGGUCUUCACCGAGUACAAGUCGGAUGUCAGGCGAAAAGGGGUCGCCUCCACCAUCAAAAAUGUUGCUUUCGAUAUCUCUUCACACCCGUUAUUUUUAUCAGAGGACGAUAUCAACAUCCUGCCAUACAUCUUAUUACCAAUAAUGGGGGAUGAGGAGUACGAUGAGGAUGAGAUGAUGUCCAUGCUCCCAGAUCUCCAGCUUCUCCCUCCCGACAAGCAACGCGAUGCUGACCCGAACAUCAUACAAACACACGUCGAGACCUUGUUGCUUUUAUCAAGCACUAGGGAGGGUAGAGAUAAGAUGCGGGAAGUAAAGGUGUAUCCUAUCAUCAGAGAAACCCAUUUGCGGGUUGUCAGUGAAGGUGUUAGAGAUGCCUGCGAACGGCUAGUACAGGUCUUGAUGCGGGACGAGGAAGAUGCAGACAAGGUCGACAGCGUCGAAAAGUCCAGCCAUGACGAGGGCCAGAAUGGCAACGACGAGGAUGAUGACGACGAAAUCGUCGAGGUAUAG